GCAGGAUACUUUGUAAUGGAUUGUUUUUGUCUGGGUGUCGCUCCUUUUUUUUAUUUAUUUAUUUCUUUUUUUCUUUUCUCCCCUGCAGGGCUGAAGCAGAUCCAUGCCCUGUCCAUCCAGGGGAACUAUGAGCUGCGCAUCGACUUGGAGGACUUUGAAAAUAGCACAGCGUACGCCCAUUACGGCACCUUCGGUGUGGGUCUCUUCUCUGUGGACCCUGAUGAUGAUGGAUACCCUUUGACGGUUGGAGACUAUUCUGGCAACGCAGGGGACUCUCUUCUGAAGCACAACGGCAUGAAGUUCACCACCAAAGACAAGGACAACGACCACUCUGAGAACAACUGCGCCUCGUUCUACCACGGCGCCUGGUGGUACCGAAACUGCCACACCUCCAACCUCAACGGCCAGUACCUGCGCGGCCAGCACACCUCCUACGCCGACGGCAUCGAGUGGUCCUCCUGGACCGGCUGGCAGUACUCCCUCAAGUUCUCGGAGAUGAAGAUCCGUCCCACCCGUGACCCCGACAAUAAAUAAAACUCAUAAACAGGAGGAAGAGGAGAAGACGAGAUGUUUUCUGGAUCAUUCAGAAGAAAUAUAUAUAUUAAAAAAAAUAAAAUUAAAAAAAAAACAUGGUUUUUGACAGAUUGAAUUACGUGUCUUCACAUUGUUUAUUAUUUAAGUUUAGUUGACUGCAGUUGGCUCCAUAGCUUCCUCCUCAUGUCUGUUACUGCCAUGAAGUUUUCUUUACGGAAGAUUCUAACCAUGAUGCCCGUAGUUUUGAUACUUUACCUUAUAAAACGGCAAAACCGAACCCUGAGCCCACAAUCUACUUUGCUCUUUCCUCAGUCUAGAGAUGUGGUCCAGCCCCUCUGCAGUAUCAUCAUACUCUCUUGACUUUGACCCCCAGCCCAAAACUUUAGGAGCUACGGUUGGAGAGAGUUCAAUCGCAUAGAGCGGAACAAGACCAGCCCCUUCCCAAAACGCCAGGCGAGGCGGAAGAUGCACAUUCUUGGGUUUCAUCUGCGUGAAGGGAAAGCUCACCGGUGCACUUUGAUACAUUUACAUCCCUUAUCUGUGUGAAUGAGACCCAGCAGGGUCGUGGCAAUGAGAGCGCUUCCUCAAAUAAUGAGGAGAGGGGGGGGAAAGACAGAGAAGAGGAGGAAACGAGCUCACAGGAGUUAAAUUGGCUGAAGGAAAAGGGGGACGGAAUGCAUCAAAGGGGACGAAAGGCAAGCAAGAGGAGUACGAGGAGGCACAAAAAGAAUGAAAAACGAGCACAGACAAAGAAAAGAGACAACGGAGGAUCUCGUUCGUCUGACGUAGGCCAUUAGGGAGCAUAUUGGGCACUUUGUCUGAUCUGCCUGCCAGCUGAGUACCGGCCAACCGAGGCAACAUCGCAGAUGGAAACACAGCACUUUUUGUGUGCGUACGUGUGUUUGCGCGGGUGAUCGUGUGUGUGUGCACAUCUCUGGCUGAAAAACAAACAGACAAAGCUCUCUCUAAGACUCUGUUUCCUGUCAGGAAGUCAGAAGAGUGACUUGACUGAGCACAUUGUAAAGCACAUGCAUGGCUGGCGCACCUUCGCUCCGUCCACAUACGUGUCCGAAUUAAGAGAGGAAAGGUCGCGUCAGAUCGGGUUUAUAAAGAAAUGGAACGAUUCCCACUUUCCCAACUCAUCAGACUGCCCUCUCGUUUUCAGGUGUUCAGUAUGAGAUUUUUUUUUUUUUUUCCAAAUGUAUUUUGCGCACGUAGCUCGUUUUCUGCCGUCAUGCAAAUGUAGAAAAGAAAUUGAUUAUCAAAGGGGAGAAAAAUCUUUUCCUAUUGUCUGUUUAUUUUUUGCUUUAUUGGGUUUUUUUUUUUCCUGAGUUCAAGUUCUGCAGUUUCUAGUGGCAAAACUCAAAAUUGCCUCAAGCUAGAAUGAAAAACAAGAGAUGGG